GAGAGGUUUCGGCGACUCAGGUGCCGCCGCUUCCUGCUCCGCAGGGCUCUGCGCCUAGUCCCACCCUCCUCACGCCCCCUCCCCUUCUUCUGCCCUCUCCUCGGGAGCGGUGCGGAGCCGACCGUGCGGUGCUGAGGAAGCGGCGGCGGCGGAUCGGGCGGCCGCGGCGGCGGCGGAGGAAGAGGGAGGGAAGCACAAAGCCGGCUGCGCGCUUGGAGAUAAGGGGAAUCGGCAGGCUUGAAGCAUGAGUUCAGAUGCCAGCCAAGGCGUGAUCACUACUCCUCCUCCUCCCAGUAUGCCUCACAAGGAGAGGUAUUUUGACCGCAUCAAUGAAAAUGACCCAGAAUACAUCAGGGAGAGGAACAUGUCUCCUGAUCUACGGCAAGACUUCAAUAUGAUGGAACAGAGAAAACGAGUUACUCAGAUCUUGCAAAGUCCUGCCUUUCGGGAAGACCUGGAAUGCCUUAUUCAAGAACAGAUGAAGAAAGGCCACAACCCAACUGGAUUACUAGCAUUACAGCAGAUUGCAGAUUACAUCAUGGCCAGUUCUUUUUCCGGCUUUACUUCACCUCCCCUCAGUCUCGGCAUGGUCACACCUAUCAAUGACCUUCCUGGGGCAGAUACAUCCUCCUACGUGAAGGGAGAGAAACUUACUCGUUGUAAACUUGCCAGCCUGUACAGACUUGCCGACUUGUUUGGAUGGGCACACCUGGCAAACACAUACAUCUCAGUACGAGUAAGUAAGGAGCGGGACCACGUCAUACUAAUCCCCAGAGGCCUGUCUUUUUCUGAAGCCACAGCCUCCAAUUUGGUGAAAGUCAAUAUAAUAGGAGAAGUGGUUGAUCAGGGAAGUACUAAUUUGAAAAUUGACCACGCAGGAUUCAGUCCCCAUGCUGCAAUCUAUUCAACACGUCCUGACGUUAAGUGUGUGAUUCACAUCCAUACCCUUGCAACAGCCGCUGUAUCCUCCAUGAAGUGCGGAAUCCUUCCCAUUUCCCAGGAGUCCCUGAUCCUGGGAGAUGUUGCCUAUUAUGACUACCAAGGGUCACUUGAUGAACAGGAGGAGAGAAUUCAACUGCAGAAAGUUCUGGGGCCAAGUUGUAAGGUGCUGGUGCUCAGAAAUCAUGGUGUGGUGGUACUUGGAGAAACAGUUGAGGAGGCCUUUCAUUAUAUUUUUAGUCUCCAGAUAGCCUGUGAGAUUCAGGUGCGGGCAUUAGCAGGGGCAGGCGGAGUAGACAAUCUGCUUGUACUGGAUCUUCAGAAGUUUAAGCCUGUCACUCACGCCAUCGCAGCGUCUGGAGGAGGAGGCGUGAAUAUGGGUUCCCAUCAAAAAUGGAAGGUUGGCGAACUUGAGUUUGAAGGGCUGAUGAGGACUCUGGACAAUUUGGGGUAUAGAACAGGCUAUGCAUAUAGGCAUCCUCUCAUUCGGGAGAAGCCUAGGCACAAGAGUGAUGUGGAAAUCCCAGCAACUGUGACUGCUUUUUCCUUUGAAGACGAUACAGUGCCACUCUCUCCUCUCAAAUACAUGGCACAGAAACAGCAGCGUGAGAAAACCAGAUGGCUGAACUCACCAAAUACUUACAUGAAAGUGAAUGUGCCUGAGGAGUCUCGGAAUGGGGAAACCAGUCCCAGGACCAAAAUCACAUGGAUGAAAGCAGAGGACUCUUCUAAAGUGAGCAGUGGAACACCUAUCAAAAUUGAAGAUCCAAAUCAGUUUGUUCCUUUAAACACAAACCCAAAUGAGGUGCUAGAAAAGAGAAAUAAGAUUCGAGAACAAAACCGGUAUGACCUGAAAACAGCAGGACCACAAUCUCAGUUGCUUGCUGGAAUUGUUAUAGAUAAGCCUCCUUCUACCAUGCAAUUUGAAGAUGACGAUCUUGCCCCACCAGCUCCUCCCAACCCCUUCAGCCAUCUCACAGAAGGAGAACUUGAAGAGUAUAAGAAGACAAUCGAACGUAAACAGCAAGGCCUGGAAGAUGCUGAGCAGGAGUUACUCUCAGAUGACGCUUCAUCUGUUUCACAAAUUCAGUCUCAAACUCAGUCACCGCAAAAUAUCCCUGAGAAAUUAGAAGAAAACCAUGAGCUAUUUUCCAAGAGCUUCACCUCCAUGGAAGUGCCCGUCAUGGUCGUGAACGGCCAGGGUGACAUGCACGAUGUAGAAGGCGAGCUGGCCAAGCGAGUGAGUCGGUUAACUACGAGCACGACCGUAGAAAACAUCGAGAUCACCAUUAAGUCUCCAGAGAAAACUGAAGAAGUCCUGUCCCCUGAAGGCUCACCUUCAAAAUCACCAUCCAAGAAAAAGAAGAAGUUCCGCACUCCUUCUUUUCUGAAAAAGAACAAAAAAAAGGAGAGAGUCGAAGCCUGAGGCCUUUUCAUGUUGCUAUUACAAUGUGACGUUGCACAUUUAAGUACCACGUUGAAGGUGAUUGUUAGUACACGGUGGUAGGACAGAUGGGGGCAUGUGGCAAACUGGACUCUGAGAACUGGAAAUGGGUUUUACUGAAGAAAAACAUUAUGGAGAAAAGCUUUCAAAUUCAUCUCUCAUUUUAUAUGUCAAAAAAAGGCUUUGAAGUUUUAAACAAUUGCAAGUUUUGAUUAGCUUUACCCUCACGAAGUGUUAGAAUUCACCACAAACAGAUAUCUGUCUGAAUUACUUCAGGCCUUCUCUGUAGUAUCUGUUGGAAAGAAAUUACCAGUGAACGAGGGAGAGAAUUUUUAUUUCUCUACACCUGCUUUACUUGGUAAUCAGAUUUUAAUUUUUUAUCCUUGAUUAUUGACUGUACCUUUUUGGUUCCCAUUGUUUCAAUGGGCAUUAACAGAAUGCUUUAAAAAGCUUCUAAGAUAAGAAUCUAUAGCAUUAGUAUACACUGGCACAUAAUUUUUUUAAAAAAAAAUAAGAAAGGAUUCAUUUGGAAUUUUAUUCAUAGUAUAAAAUUUCCUCACCUGAAGUAACUUUGUUUGCCAAAAAAAGGUCAUUUUAGUAAAAUAUAAUUUUUGAAAACUUCCUUUUUUAUUCGUUUAGAAAGCCCCUUAUUUUUCAACAAAGGGGAUUUUGUACAUGUAACAUGAGUUAUUUAGUUUAACUCUGGCAAAAAACAAUUUUUGUAUGUUGAGAUGUUUGUAUACCAUUCAGUAUAAAAUGUCAUAAGCAUAUUAGCCAAUCAUUUAACAACAGAGCAGAUUUGAGGCUGCUUGGUACUAAGUAUACUCAAAUAUAAUUCAAGAAUCCAGGGACUUGGUAUCACACGGGGUUAGAGGGUUUAAAGGUAUAACUAGGUUCAUACUUGAACCUUACAGCGUAUUUCUCAGUAUCGCGGGUGAAUGAAGCAGCUCGCAUCUGGUGACCAAAUGAAAGGACAGAGGAAAGAGUGAGCAGUGAUUCCCUACUGGAAUCAGAGGGGUCGUGAAGAGAGUUCUGGUUUGACACUGACUCAGUCACGAUAGGAUUUGAAGUGUAAUUUAUUCAAAACAAGUUCCAAAUUUCUAAAAUUCUGCUUCUCUACCAAAACCAUUGUAUUUCUUGGUUGAUAGUUCAGUUGUAAAGGGUCAGAUCCUUUUAACUGACGUAUCUUUAGAAGGCAGCACUAGAAGAAAUUGGUAGGUCUAACCUCCCUCCCCCAGUGAGAAAACUACCACCUCUUGAUUUUUACAAAAAUUUUUAAUCUUUUCAGUUAACUUUCUAAUGUAAAUACAGAUUUAAACCUAGGCUUAAUAUAGUUUUUCCCCCUUCACCCAAGUGAUGUCACAAAUCAAUGUAAAAUCAAUGAUCCAAAGUGGUCAGUGGGUAAAAAAAAAUCCAAAGUGUUUCUGGAGGGUGAGCUGGCAUGUAAAACGUUACAUUGAUCACAGUGUGUUCUGGGCGGGUUCUGUUUGUACGUGUAUGGUGAUGCAAAGUUGAAACAGAGCCGAAAAUUUCAUUCUAGAUCUCACCAACUACUGGAAUCAGUGUUUUAAUCUCUUAGUGGAUACUUUCAACUUAAUUCUGUAUUUGAGGGUUUUGUUUUUUUAUGUUCUACAUCAUUUAUGUUGUAUUACAAUGUAUGUAGAAACAGUAACCUGUGAACUAUGCUUUUCCAUAACUUUUUAAAAAUAUAUAUAUCUUAAAUGAAUGCAGUGUGCAUUAAUAUUUUUUAAACUACAACAGUGAACUAUUUGCACCUUUUGCUAAUGCCUCUAUUUACUUGCUUUGGCAUAAAGAAUGAGCCAAUGAACUUCUGUGUCCUGUGGAAAAUGUAUAAAUGAUAUCUGAUAUUGCUCUUAGAUGUAAUGCUAAUUAAUGUGAAAUCACAAAUAAACAGUAUUUUAAAUAGA